AUGUCGGACGGGGAAGAUUCGGGUGGCAAUGCAGUCAAUGCCGUGUCGUCAAUUGUGCGACGCGACUUUUCGUGGAUGCCGCUCAAGCUAGAUCAUAAUAGCCGCCCUUUGUGGAUAUCUCCCGACGAUGGACACAUUAUUUUGGAAGGAUUCAAUCCGCUGGCGGAGCAGGCACAGGAUUUUUUGAUUGCGAUUGCCGAGCCCGUGAGCAGGCCAAACUUUGUGCACGAGUACAAGCUUACGCCGUACUCUUUGUAUGCAGCCGUGUCCGUUGGUCUUGAGCCAGACGACAUUAUCGAGGUUUUGAACCGUCUCUCAAAAGUACCGGUUCCUACGUCGGUGCUCGAUUUUAUUCGCGCGUACACGGCCAGCUUUGGCAAGGUAAAGCUGGUGCUGAAACAGAACAAGUACUUUGUCGAAAGCUCGCAUCCCGAAAUUUUGCAAAUGCUACUCCGUGACGCAGUCAUUAGCGCCGCACGGAUCAAACCCGAAAACAGCAAUGUGCGCGAGGAGCCUGCACAGAAAGCAGCGCCUGCGCGGUUGCAAGAAGGCGCGCAACCAGAAAAUGGCGCAGAGCAGGAUUUGUUCAGUGCUGUGAUUAAUGUAUACGAUGCGGACGAGCUGGACGAGGACGACACUGUGCACUCUUUCGAGAUCAAGGAAGAGGAUAUCGAGACGGUCAAGCGCCGCUGCAACGACCUCGGUUUUCCUAUGCUAGAGGAAUAUGAUUUUCGGAACGACCGCAUGAACCCUGACUUGGACGUGGACUUGAAGCCGAUCACGCACAUUCGACCCUACCAGGAAAAGAGCCUGGCCAAGAUGUUUGGUAAUAGUCGCGCGCGGAGUGGGAUUAUUGUGCUUCCAUGUGGCGCGGGCAAGACACUUGUUGGUAUUACGGCAGCGUGCACGAUCAAAAAGAGCUGCCUGGUACUGUGUACAUCGAGCGUAAGCGUGAUGCAAUGGCGCCAGCAGUUUCUCCAAUGGAGCAAUGUACAGGACUCGCAGAUUAGCGUAUUUACCGCCGACGAAAAGCAGAAGUUUUCCGGUGCCGCGGGGAUCGUCGUUUCGACCUAUUCCAUGGUGGCGAAUACCGGAAAACGCUCGCAUACGUCACAAAAGAUGAUGAACUUUCUCGAAUCGCGCGAAUGGGGCUUUAUCCUCCUCGACGAAGUUCACGUCGUGCCCGCCAGCAUGUUCCGUCGUGUACUUACCAAAAUCAAAGCACACGCAAAACUGGGGCUCACUGCGACGCUUGUGCGUGAGGACGAAAAGAUUGACGAACUCAACUUUCUUGUGGGUCCUAAACUGUACGAGGCCAACUGGAUGGACCUGGCGGCGAAAGGACACAUUGCAACGGUACAGUGUGCCGAGGUAUGGUGUCCCAUGACUGCCGAGUUUUAUCGCGAGUACUUGCGCGAGCGCAGCAGAAAAAAGAUGCUGUUGUACUGCAUGAAUCCGACAAAGUUUCAAGCGGCGCAGUAUUUGAUUCAGUACCACGAGAACCGCGGCGAUAAAAUUAUCGUAUUUUCCGAUAAUGUGUAUGCAUUGGAGGCGUACGCCAUCAAACUUGGAAAACCAUAUAUCCAUGGCGGCACGCCGCAAAUUGAACGUAUGCGUAUAUUGCAAAACUUUCAACAUAACCCGAUUGUCAACACCAUAUUUCUGUCGAAGGUUGGCGAUACCUCUAUUGACCUGCCGGAAGCGACGUGCCUCAUUCAAAUUUCGUCGCACUUUGGCUCGCGCCGUCAAGAGGCGCAGCGCUUGGGACGUAUUUUGCGUGCAAAACGGCGCAACGACGAGGGGUUCAAUGCCUUUUUUUACAGUCUCGUGAGCAAAGAUACCGCCGAGAUGUACUAUUCUACAAAAAGGCAGCAGUUUUUAAUUGACCAGGGCUAUGCAUUCCGCGUGAUUAUGAACUUGGUGGGUCAGCAAGAGAUGGAGGGACUGGUCUAUGCAAGUAAGUCUGAGCAAAUCGAGCUGCUCCAGAGUGUAUUGAUUGCGUCGGAGAGUGCUGCAGAGUUCGGUACCGAUUAUACGCAAGAGCAAACGCAAGGAGCACCGCGCGCCAAACGCUUCACAGGAAACCUGAACGCUCUAAGCGGCGCGCAGCACAUGUCCUACGUGGAGCGCAACCGGUCUAUGAACAAGACGCUCAGCAACGAGCAAACGCGGCACAAGGCGUUCCAAAAACGCGCUGUUGCUGCAAAGAAGCGCGCCUAA